AUGGGAGCAUGGAGAUUAUUAAAUAUUGCUUGGAGGCCACAGAAUGAAAAAGGUUGGGAACCACUGUUCUAUCCAGUGGACCAGGAAUGCAUUUGGGGUCUGCUGACUCUGGAACAGCUGUUGCUGAUGUGCCAGAGUGCACCUCUACCUGCUGGCCCAGGACUUGCAGAACUGCGACCUCCCCUGACAGAGGCCAGCCAGGACCUCCAACCAAGGAUUUCACAAGUGCCAUUCAAAUUUGAUCUUAUCAGGCUCCUGCCCAAGUGUCAGCAAGUGGAACUCCUUGUGUCGACUUAUGUACAAGAUUUGUUCACAAGUCUCAUAAAAAGAGUUACUUUUGGAGGGGAGACUUCUGGCAUUGAUGAAGCUAACCAGAUAGCCUAUUCUCUGUUGCUGGAACACCUGAGUCAGCUGCACCACGAUCGAGAGUUCCACCUGAGUACAGCAGACUUACAAGCCUUGCCCAAGAUGCUCCGUGAUCGCCAGCGCUCUCACAAUGCCCAGCCAUCACCAUUUAUCAAUACCAGUGUUGGGAGAAUGAGUGACCCUCCAAAAUGGCGUUGUUUCCUGAAGGGAGUUUCUAAUAACCACCUUCUGAUAACUUUGCUUCCUGCAUCCUAUCAUGACCUGAAGCUCCUGUUGGUGAAGCGGGCAAAUAUUUCUGAUGCCACAAAUAAAGCUAUUAGACUCAUACCUGGUGCAGAGAACAUCUUAGACUUGGACACAGAGACAAACACUACUGAUCAGCCACAGGGAGGAGUGACAUCAGAGCAGCAGGUGUCAUUAGAGAGCAGCAACUCCUCCUUGACACAUCUAACAUCCCCGAGCCUUCCACCUCCAACCCCUACAAGCAGUCGGUCAUCAACCAUGUUUAUGGAGAGUGGAGACAGCAACACCACAAGGGUCAGGUACCGUUCAGGACCAGUGCCUCCUACUCACUCCCAGCCAGUGCAGCAAGUCAUUUCAGAUUCCAUACGUGAACGAGCCAGUUCAUUCCACGUAAGCAGGGAUCGAUGUAGUUCCUUUGGUCAGAGUGAGUCGGUAGCAGAGAGGAAUAGAACUGGAUCCAUUGACUCCCCCACAAAAGAGCCACAGUGUGAUCCUCCCCCUGUGGCUUCACCCACAGAACAUGUUAGGAAAAGAUACAUAUCCAUGCCAUCAAAGUCGCACACAGGUGCUUUUGAUACAUCAAGCAAAAGCAUGUCAACGGAGGCUCUAAGGAGCGAUGAUAGUUGCCUGCCUCUACAUCUCCGAGGUCAAGGAACUGUAAAUGAAGGUGAUGGUAUCUGCAGAGUCCCCAGUGCUGAUGAGAGUACAAAUGCCAUGCCAGCAUCACCUUGUCACAAGCCACUGUUUGGUGCAGUCAUGCUUCCUAUCUACAUUUAUGACUGCAAGUUGAGUAGCAUUACCACUCAACUUGUUAACAGAGAGGAUCGCUGUAAUGUCGUUGGCAAGGAUAUCUACGUCGAUUUCACCUUUAAGUUGGAGUCAGAUGUGGUAGAGGACACUGUACCUUUAAAAGAUGAACCCCAGCCUGCUUCUCUCAACAUCCAGGAGGACCUUAAGCAGCCAAGUCCAGAACCACGAUCAGAGGAGUCAGAUGUUGGAGCUGAUUCAAGUUGUCUACGAGCUCACAUGAAGGCGAUAGAAGUAUGUCAUCUUCGAAGUUUUGUUCUUGGUGUUUUCCAAGCCCUUCAGAAGGACCUUAUUGUCCAUUCACAUGACGUGCAAGCUGCUCUUGAUCAGUGCCAUGAGUCAGUCAUGGAAAUUGAAAUAACUCACUUUCUUCAAACUAUAUGUGGGCAUCUUCGAGACUUUCGUCUGCGCAUGAAUUUGGAGCAGAUGCAUCAGUGUCGACCCGAGUCAGUUUUGGUACCAGAAACCGAUGAUGCAAAUCAGCAUAGUAAUGUGAAGGACAUGAGGAAGGACACCCAAGAUCCACCAUUUUCACCAGGGCCAGCGAGUACAAAAAUUAGCAGUGGCAGCAGUCGUAGCAAUAAAUUCCCCCUCUCUCUCUUGAAGCUCCAUUUACCAUGCCGUGAUUUGCAGCAACUCCAUUCAAGCAUCAAGGAAAGAUUCACAACCAUUCUUCAGGGUUCCUUCCGGCCAGUCCCGUCGCUCCCAGAGUUUUAUUAUUUUUCGCCUCGCACUCUUCAUCACUCAAGUGAGGGAACACCAGUUGGGGAGUUCAUCUAUGUGUCUGGCCAGGACCUUGAACACUGGGACCAGGCUCAGCUUGACCUGACGAAGCAUCGAAAAUUGCGAAGGGUAUCUGUCAGCAAGAAGUCAGAUGUAUUUACUGAAGGUGAAGAGGAACUGGAAGAUGAGACAACUGUAAAUGGUGCAGAGGAAGACGACGACGACGAUGAUGAUGAUGUUGGGGAAGAGGAGGAAGACCACGACAAAAGCAUAGAGUUUAGAUCAGAAGUAGGAAGCAGUGUUUAUCGCCGUCUGCACAGCCAGUUAACUGCUUUUGAGGGUGAUGAGGACAAGACCUCUGUCAUUAGCGAGCGAGAUGAGGACCUAAGCACUGUGCCAGACCACAUGGAUUUGGGCGAUGGGCCUAUACCUCCUCUCUUUCUUCACCUUACCUGCAGAGUGUUCUUGGCAGGUCAUGUCCAGCCUACCAUCUCGGUCAAAGGUCUCCCAACGUGCUUAGAUGAAGUGGUUCAGUGCCUGGGUAGCAAUGAGGUGGAUUUAUCUUCAGUAACCAUGACUCUGGAUGUGCUCUGCAUGACUCUUCCCCCUGCCCAAGCGACCACAGAGACAAGUGAGAGUGUUGCAUCGUUACUGGAUUUGAGGUCCAAUCGCACCACCAGCUUCUGUUCAACUGCUUCACCACAACUAAAGAGAGGAAGGACGAUAUCGGAAUCAACAUGUGCAUCCAUGACAGAUGUAGAUGAGUCAUAUAUUGAAGAUGAGGAUCAACUUGCACACCUGCCAAAUAGUCAGUAUCAGGCCAUUGUAACAACAGUAGAUGAGAUUAAGUGGCUGCUCCGUGAUGAAAUAGCAUCAUCUAUGUUGCAUAGUUAUCCACUCACAGAGCAAAUGCUGGACAUGGUGGCGGCUCAUGUUGAGAGCUCACAGAAGCCUAGAAACUGCAUAUCAGAAUCAAUUCCCUUGAACUUUGUGUGUGGUAUGGAACAGAGCAAGGAUAAGUUCAUGCAGGAAUUUGGAAGACUGAGUGUUAACGGUCAUCACCUACAGCAGGAAGGGUCUCUGUAUUAUUUAGUUCAAGACAAGACGCAAAUAAGAAGGCGGCACUUCUCAUCUUUGGUGCCACCUUUAGGCUUCAAGAAUCAGUUUCUUAUUGUGAGACCUCAUCCACAUGCAGAUGACACAGCUCAGUUAAGGCAAAUGGAGAAUGUAUGUCAGAUGAAUAAAGUCAGUCUAUCAUCGCCAGAUGUGCUCAAAAGUCCUCCAACCAAAAUACAGGCUGCAAAAGUUUCAUUUGAUACAGAAUCAUUUUUUGGGGAGGGUGAAAGCAGUUUACGAGCAGAUGGGUCAGAGAAAGAGAAAUGGGUUCGGCGAAGAGAAAGGAAGGAAAGAAGAGACUCGGAAAGAAGGGGAUCUGUUAACUCUUCAGACUCUGACUCAGAUGAUAACCACAUGAGAGGUAAUUUUUCACGAGAGUCUUCACAUCAGCCAUGUGACAUAAGAGUCCGUUCAUACGAGUCUCCAAAGAAGAGUAUAAUCCUACCUGCUGAUUUACCUGUAUCCAAAUUAGAAGAAGUUAUAAGUAAAGAUGAUGAGUUCCCUGUCAAACAACCACAGGGCACAACUAUAGCGAUCACAGAGACCAGAACUGUAAAACGGCAGGAUGCUUUAACUUCAGAAGAUGCAGAAUGUGUGCUCCCACAGCAGAAAGACAAGGAAACUGGAGAGGAAAUCAACAUUUAUAGCUUGGAUAAUGCACCUUUGGAAGAGCAAACAGCUAGUUCACGUGGCAUACCAAAAGACGUUCAGAUUGCAGACUUAGCUGGGCUCUCAGAUGAAACAGCAAAGCCAAUAGUAAUAAGUGACCUGAUUGAAGUUAAGGGUGCAACCCCCAAAGAGGAAGGCAGUGAGUCCCUCAAGGAAAUGUCCAAAACAGAAGUUACCAGUCAGUCAAAUACAGAAUUAUGCAGCGAAGCCAAGAUGGCAAGUGAAGAAGCAGUUGCACAUGAAGUUGCAUUGGGAAGGUCCAGCAGUCUGGUUUCUCAAGACACUACAUCUGCAGGUGCAGAGAAGCCAUUCAAAGACGGAGCUCAUCGACUGUCCUUACCUCUCAAUGAGCUAAUUAGGUGUGGUUCCGAAAGCAUUCCCCGGCCUCAGGCAUCAGCAGAAGUGAUUCGAAAAUCUGCAAGCACAGACAACUUUGUCCCAAAUGUGACAGAGGCAGCAGUGGAACAGCUUAGAGGAUCAUCAAGCAGUGUGAUGAAUACCAGUGGAAGUAGUUGUGGUUUGUGGGCAGAAUUGUUCAAAAGUCGUCACAAUUCUGCAGAGCUCAUGAAAAGUAGGCAUAAUUCUGGGGCAAGUGCAGAUCUACUGAAAAGCAGGCACAGUUCAGGAGCUGGAGGUGAGCUUAUGAAGAGCCGCCACAACUCAGGAACUGGCUCUGUUCCCGGAGGUCAUUAUUCUGACGUGUCAAGUCUGUUGGAGUCCGGACAGACCACAGAGGAUGGGUGUGAGGGAGACAUAAGUGACUCUGACAAUGACUGCUGUGACUGGCUACAGGACUUUGAGUCAGUGAGGCCUUUCCUGCCAGAGUUUUGGCUGAUCUUAAGGGUUUCCAAAGACAGGGUGGAUACGUUUUUCCAUUGCAGGACUGAAGCAGAGAUGGCUCGUUGGCGGGGUGUUCAAGCAGAAGUUGUGAGGAGUGUUCGGAAUCUUGUUAAGAUUGUCAACCAGACACUGUUACUACAAGAUCUGCAUAAUACACGCAUGUGUAACCGUCUCCUUGAACCAGAAACAUGUGAUGACAUCUGGCGGCAUGAAGAAUCAAAGGGACGAGGGAUAGAUGAUGGAGAUCCUGAUACUCGAGGUUAUCUAGAAGCAGCUCUCAAGUUUAAAGCAGGAGCAUUUGCUUGUCAAGUAGUGUGGGAAACUCACUUUGAACUGCAUCCAAAAGUAAAGUUAGGUGCUGGGAAGGUAUGCAGCAAAGGCAUUCAAGCUCUUCGGACUAUCCUCAACCCAUUCUCAGUCAACAACCGGAAGAAUAUGUUUGUUUAUGAGGACAGCUCAGGGAAUGGAUCAAAUGUGUUCUACUUAAGACUGAACGAACAGCAGUCUGUAUCAGUCUCACCUCAAGUGGACGGCCGACGGGAUGACUGUGGCUUGUCCCGAAGUUCAUCUGCUGUGUCUCUUGGUAAACGAGGCAGCCGAGAGGAUGAUUCAUUAAGCCUCAAGAAUGUGGGCACAUCUCAGCCAUUUGAACUGCGUCCACGUGUGAGCUCAUUCGGAGAGAAAGAUGUGAUAAUGGAGGGUGUCCCCUCCACUCCUGCACAGCGCAAACGCAACCACUACAUCGUUCUGACAGUGCAUGGCAUUGCAGAGCCAGGUCCUGCAAUCAAGGAAGAACUGGUACGGAUGCUGCAGAACCGCCUGGACGAGGCUGUGGUGGAAGCCAUCUGCAUCAUGCUCUGGAGCAACCCUCAGCACAAACUUACACCAGAAGACGUGCAUUUCAUACAGCCGCCCUAUCAGCCACCAAAGACAGUGCUGAGGUUUACUGUCAGUGCUAAUGCUCUUCCGUACCUCCAAGCUGUCGGUUACUAUCUGCGGCAGAAUAUGUUGUCCUGCAGCUUUAUUCAUCCCAAAUUUGCAGAUAAUCGCCCAGAGCAUCAUUUUCAGGACUUUUCAGCAACGGACCAAGAAAUGUCUAGCGAACCCAACAUCUUCCUCUUUGUGAGACCGAGAAUGUCUGCUGCAAAAGGCAUAGCUUGUAUAGCUUUCUCCAUAGUUGAUGGGAGCAGCAACACUGUACAGCACAUCAGCUGUCCGAGACCUUCCCCAGAUGCCUAUCAAGAAAUCUUUUCAAAACAUGAUUUUGAAGCUUUAACUCAGACUCAAGAAUAUCAACCCAGCCCAACUAAGAGUCCAGGGCCAAUGGCGAUGCUUCAGUUCAAAGUUUGGGAAUCAGGGCGAGUGGACCUUGAUGAAAUACGCAGGUACUUGGUGGACUCUAUUUGCCACGCACUUUGGGAUGUGAACACAGAAUACCGACUCCUGACAGCUCCCAUCAUGCCAACUCUGGCUCCGCAGAUGCAUGGGACACCAGCUUCAGAGCCAACAACCCCGAAGAAAGAUACUCAUGGUGAAGCACUUCGCUCAGUGAGCUUGCUGGAAACAGGGGCGCAUCCAGUGGAAGAUCGCAUGAGGUCAAUCUCUAUCUCUGGAGUGCCCCCACAUGUUUGUCUCCCUCGCAUGGCAAACAGGAUGGGGAGUAAAAAAAUAGCUCGCCCUACUGAGAGCCACGGGGAGAGCCAGAAGGAGAGAGCCCCGUCACCUCUCACCUUAGUUCAGGCCAGACUGCGCCUCAUGUCUAACUCUGUGCCUGACCUGAAGUUACGAGGUCGCAGGGCAUCAUUACAGUCUCCCUGGGACAACACUUCUGGGAGCGAAGGGGCACCCAGCACUGGUCAUUCUCCCCUAAAGCUGCGACAUUCGGUUGAUUUUGGGGUUGAGCGUGGAAGAUUGCUCAGCCAGGAGGGACGAGAGAAUCAGCCAUGGGAACAGAAUGUUUCCAACACCUUGCAUCCAGUAUUCUCGGGAAUAAUGAUUGACUGGCUGGAAUAUGCCCAUGAGCUGGCAGAGAAGGGGGAACAUGCUGUUCGACGAGAAUUGGUGGAAAAGGGCGAACAUGUUGUACGGAAGGAGUUGGUAGAAAAGGGAGGAGGAGAGCAUGCUGUUCGGAAACAUACCGUUACUAUUACAACCAGACAUGCAGUUCCCAUUUUUAUAACAGAGCUACAGAAAUGGGUAGCACAAAAUUCAAAUGACACAACUACAAAAAUCUUUGAAGAAUCUGUGAAAGAUGGAGAGCCUCCAGUUUACAACUUGGUUGAAUUUAAUAAGGUCCCACAGAUUCUGAAGUCUGACUCAGGCAUGGGGUAUGAACACAAUAACCUUAUUGUCAUUGGCCGUAACAAUCAGCAGUGGUGGGCAACACUUUCAGAAGACAGUUUCAAUGAUUAUUAUGUAUCGACAGUGAAAGGUAGUAAAAACAGUCAGAGAUACCCCCCGCUGGUCCUCUGGUCUAGGGGCAGGUAUGCCAGUGGUGGUGACUCAAGCUUUACCAAACUGGAAAGUUCAGCCAGUGGUCUCAGUACACCUGGAACUGCCCCUCCAACAGUGCCAACAUCAGCCAUACCAACAAGUACUGUGGCAUCAUCUACCAUACCAAUAUCGGUUCCUGUGACAGUGCCUUCCACUCCUACCAGCCUCCCAUCAGCUGCUGGUUCGCUGUGGACUUGUGAAACAACAGACUCAGUCUUCAUUCCUCGGCAAAAGCUGCUUUUGGCUACUCUCUUUGGUCAAGAGCUGGUAAUCUACACUUACAAUUGGACAAAGGAUCAGUGUGAGUCUUUGCACACAGCCAUGACUCAGCUGGCACACUGGUCCAGUGCUCGCACACGCCUGCUCUCAUCCGUUGUCCUCCAAAAGAUUGGUUUAUUUCACAACCAGCCUUUCAUUCGGAAGGCACAAGACAAGAAGAAAGAGGAUAACCCAUAUGUUGGCUCUCAGGGACAUGUGGAGGCUCUGAUAAAGUACCAGUCUCCAGUAAGGGACAUGCUUGCAGCAACUGAAAGGGGCAAUAGGAGGGUGCAGGUGAUAUCAAUGCCAAACUUGGGUGAUGUGUACAGAGACAGUAGACCUCCUCGUCCACUGAAGAACUCAAACUUUGGAAACAUCAAAGACUUGGAACUCCGUCAUGGCACACAGCUGAUUGAGAUAAGACGCCUAAAUUUGCAGAGAGAAAAUCAGCGGAAAGUACUGUUGCAGACCAUGGUUCAGGCACCAGGACAUUCAAGUCCAGUUUUCAAUGACAAGAUAUUAGCUCUCUACAAGCAGACUGCACGCAUUGCUCAUGUUUGUUAUACACCACUACUUUUCCUGCCACGGUGGCGCUGGCAGGUGGCAGCCACCCGAGAUCACAGCCUGGCAGAUCCUCAAGCUUCCUGUGAUAGAGUACUGCCUCUUGGAAGCAAAACUCCAGAACCAAGAUCUCGCCAUGACUCAGGUAACUCCAUGAAGAGUGCCACUGGUGCUGGGCCGACAGACCUGCGACGGUCUUUGUCUCUGAAAUCAAAUGUUUCCAGUCCUGGGCAACGGCGACGAAAUGUCACCGGUGGAGAUGACAAAUGGCAUGGUGCUCUGUGCUCUAGCUAUCUGAAAGAGUAUAUACAAUACCUGCAGAGUUUAGGGUUCUUGACACUGAAUGUUGCACAUGCCCCACAACAGAAAGGACGUAGUGGUGGAAGGGAAUCAGAGGACAAAGUUUACCGCACAAAGGGUGUUCGCUUCAGUGAACAGAUAACAGCUGAGCCAAGUUAUUUGCUGAAAAAUGUCCUUGGAGGAACACUUCUGUUGGAGAUUGCUUUCUGUGAGCCGUAUUUCUCAACCAAGCUUUAUGUCCUGGAGUCUACUAGAUUACAAGGGAAGAAAUACACAAGCCUUUCCUCUCAAGUUUAUUUUCAUUAUGUGAAGAAAGAAGGAUUAUCAGGGAUAGUGGUGAGAGGUCCACCCACAGCCCUGCAGCCCUCACCACGGUCCUCUGCGACACUUAUCUUUCCUGAGGGGUGCCCUCCUGACCUGAUAGAGGACAAAUUUGCCAUCAAUUUCUUCCUGGAUGAAGUGGACAACGUGAAGGUGUUGCUGCAUAUGCAUUCCUUCACCUAUGACUUUCACCUACGGGCUGUGUGUGCAUACGUUGCAGACCGCCAGCUCCUGUUUACGCCAGGAUACCAUUUGUCUUCGUUUCUCUCUGAUUUCAUUAAGUAUUACAACAAAGGACCAAACUUUGCAAGAAACCUUAUAUAUUCAGGUGAAUUGACUGUUGAGGACACUGGCUCUCCAGGUGAACAGUUGUAUAAUUAUCUCUUGGCUCGUGAGAAGCAGUACAAGAUGAGAGUUCUGCGGAUGACACCAGUUAUCCUAGACCCAACAGCAGAUAUGCAAUACACAGAAUUUGUCUUAGUCCACACAAAGACAUGCCGAGUUCACUACAGUGAUGCCAAUGACCAGAGAGUGUCUGAUGACUAUGAUGUUACUUUGCUGGUCUCUCACAAUGCGACACUCGAUGCCCAGCCCUCGGAUCAGCAGCUGAAUGUUCUGCAUCUCAACUUCUAUGUCAUCUUAACCAGCAGACGAGAGAUGUAUCCAAAUCGUAUCCUUGAAAAGAAAAUGGGCAAAUUUCGCACUGUCUCAACAGCACCAUCACUCGGACACUGGAAGACUGCAACCUCUUCUCAGCCAGAGAGCAGUAAUGAGAGCGGGUGUUGCACUCCUCCUAUACUGUCCAGCCAGGCCUUCACGGAGGCAGGGGGCCAUCUCCAACCUCCCCCAGGGCUACAACCUCCCCCUCCUCCACUGUCCACCUCCACCCACACCUCCACCACCUCAAGUGAUCCUCCACCCCCUGUCAAGUCUUACAUAGGGAUCAGGCUGGAGAGUGUGAAUUACCUCGGCUACUACACAGUUUACGAAGAGACAAUGCAGAAAACACUACUGAAUCAGGCCGAAGAAGCAAGGACUCGUAUUCAGCAUAUCUUUAAUCAAGCAAAGAUACAUUGCAGGCGUGACUCUUUGUGGCAGAGAUUGACAGCAAGUGUCCGAGAUGAAGACAGGCAGAAGUUGCCAAGCCAGGCUCUCAGUGGUUUGAGUUUUAGGGAGCUCAGUGAACUGUUGAGUUUAGUGCGAGUUGAGCCAUUGAGUUCAGUUGAUCCACAGUUACUGCCUCUUAUCACAAAGCCUCUCCAGUGGUAUCAGACCUUGACUAGAGUGUUGCAAGCAAAGUACCAAGAAAGACACAGGAGUUUAACCUCGAAUGACGGCAACGUUCAACACAACGUUAUCUUGAGUCCUUCGUGUCCAGAUGCCUUUAUGAUGCUCUCAGUAGAUCUGUACAAGCAGAAAGCUGACCUGUGUUGCGUGAACAAGCAGCUGAAGGGGGAGAGCUCAGAGCCAAUCAUCCGAGAUAGCAGGAUACAAGUUCUUGUGCAAGAUUUCGUCAAUGCUUGCUGUUUCCAUCUGUGGUGUGGAUUAUUAUAAUUAUUAUCCAGUCAUUAUAUGUUGUCAUUGUUAGAUAUGUUGUAUUUAUUCUGAGAAAUUAUGAGGUUGAUUUAUUACGGAUUAUUUUUCUUUUUUAUGAACAGUUGUGAAAUAAUAGGAUUAGUCUUUAUAGUAAUAGAGGUACAGUUUUACCAGAGAAUCUAUUUUUCUAUGAAUUUUCUUGUAAAGUUAUAAAUAAUUUUUUGUCUAGAUUUUUUUUUUUUUUCUUUUUUUGUAAAGCUUUUAGUUUUUCAUUAGGAUUCUCUAGCAUUAUCUUGCAAAGUUGCUAAUAUUUGCUUAUUCCAUUGAAUAUAUGUAAAGAUUAUAUUGAACAGCUAGUCACUGUAUAAUUCAUUCUUAACUCAGUUGAUUGUCAGAUUACAAAAAAGUAUUGAAUAGACAGUAUAGCAGCACUAUUUUCUUAUCCAUUUUAUGUUAAUCAACAACAUACAUAUGCAUUGUAUAUUUGUAUAUAAUCAUGAUGAAAGCAGUUUACAUACAGUGUAGAAUUGUGUGGGAAAUAUCUGGUACAUGGAUGUAUUUUGUAAAAGUGUGCUUGUUAAAGGAAGUGUAUAUAAAAAGGGAAAAUGUAAUAAAUUGUUUGUAUGUUACUCUUGUUGUUAUAUAUAUUAAAUGUCUCAAAUGAUAUAAAAAAAAGUUGGGAAUAUGAAUAAUUUGAAAGAUAUUGUGAAUUGGAUUAAGCCUUGUGACGUGUACAGCUCUAGCCGUCAUGAUGUAAUGGUCUAUGACAUAUGUGCGCGUCAUGACUCACAAUGGGUGAGCCGGCUGUACACAGCUUAGGCCUAGCCACAAAGUAUAGACUGUUGCGUAAUUUUACAUCACUAAAACCUCAGGUCCCAACCUGAUGGGAUCAAAGAAAGAUCAGAAUAAGUGCUGAUGGGAUUUCACCUUUUCUAGGCAUUAAUUGAACAUCAUCAUUGCUAAGAUUGUUGUGUCAGAUUUUCUGGCACUACAGCAUAUGCUUAUCUGGGUUAUAUAUAUUUUUUAUUUUCUUUCUUUGCAGUAACAAUUUCAGCUUAUUGGUAUAUUUUUAGAAUUAUGGUUUGUUCUAUAUAGCCAACAAAGGUUUCAGGGCUGUGUUAUAAUGUUUGUAUAUAAUCAUAGGUGCUAUUUCUGAGAAGGAGUCAGACAGACGAGUGAGAGAAGGAGGGAGAAGAGGGAGGUGGUUGGAUAAUCACAUAGGGAUUAAACCCUCAAGAUUAAAAUUACCUUGAUAAAGUAUUAACUUUCAGUAAUUGGGCUGUUUUCAUGAUCCUUUUUUUGCCGUGAAUAGGGAGAAGGGGAUGUAAACUCGUAUGUCUUGUACCAUCCAGCAUCUUUUUUCUAGCCUGACUACCAUGGGAAGCUGUACCCACAUCCCUAAGCUUCCUUAUACCCAUCUGGGUAUUCUCCCAUGUCUAGUUGGCGUCUCGUCUCACCUUUUCUGCCACCCCCACUUUAAGGUUUGGAAACCAUUACGUCCACCUCCCCAUCCCCUUCACUUUCCCCAAGGACUCCCCAGCCCCCUUUCCAGUUGGUAUGACAGCUUAAAUAUACUGUUUUUCUUUUUGUUAUGAAACAUAAAUAUUGCUCUCUGAAUCAUGAUAAAGAUGUGUUUUAUAUUGUUACAUGUGUUUUAUAUACUUUUUUCCGUGCUUGAGAGAGAACUUUUUUAGCUUUGAUGCUCCACUGUCUGAAAACUAUUUGACACCACCCUGACAUAAGAUAAACAUUCUUUGGUGUGUAAAACUGAGCUCAUGAAACAUAGAACACUAACUUUGCCACACUGAAAGUUAAAAACUCAUGGCUGUAGUUAGGGGGGAAAGGAGGGCAGUGUUUAGGGUUUAUGUUUUGCAGUAUUUUAAAAGGUAGGCCAUGUUCACAGACAAUGGACAUAGGUGCAUGCUUUCAUACUUCUGGGUUAUGUACAUAUUUGUACAUGAAUAGCUAUGCAAAGCUUGUUUUUUUUAGUGUCUAAUAUUAGGGUGAAAUCCAACAGGCAAUGUCUAUCCCAAACUAAUGAAACACCUGUUGUUUUUUCAGCAGAGACAUGGACUAGAUACAUAAAUAUAACGGCAACAUACA